AUGCGUUUAUUGAACGUGAUCAGCAUUUACAGAGACUAUGUGGACGAUGGACACUUCUAUACUUUUAGCUACUUUCCUCAGUUCCAUGUCCAAUGUAAAACAUUAAAGGAGGAUUGCUUUCCCGAUCGCAUAAGAGACAUGAAGGGUGUCGCCAUACGUUUUGUUCCCGAGAGUGUUGAACCAUGGAUUAUUGUGUGGCGUGACCAGUUUGGUCAUUUUCAGGUUACUGGGUUUGUGGCAAAACUUUUGCGUGAAUUCGCUAAGCGAAACAAUGGCACACUAACCUAUUCGGUGAUUGAUAAUUUGACGCCAGUACCAAAUGUGUUAGCGUUAUUAAAGAAUGAUACUGCCGACAUAGUGACCGGAAUCGGAAGUUCAAGCUUAAAGACACCUGGUGUUGAUACUUCGACACCUUUGCUGUCAAUUGAUUGGAUUAUUAUCACCAAUGUUGUGCUCCGUAGUAUAAUUGGACAGCCCUCGUGCUCGGUCGUUCAUCUUAAGGCGAAAUUCACAAAACGCUUUAUUUACAUUUUUCUCUUGCUCAGUGGCAUCUUCAUGAGCACAUUUAUUGCAGCUGGUCUUAAAUCGUAUUUAACCAGCAAUCCACAUAAGUACUCCCGUUUGACAACGUUCGAGGAGUUUAUAAAUUCAGAAAUAAAAAUUAAAGUAAGUCAAAGACUAUAUAGUAGUGUGGCUGUUUUUAUCGAUUUAAAAUACGUCGGAACCAUGGAAAACAAAUUCAUAAUUGAACCAUCCCUCGAGCUACUGCAACAUCAGCGUUCCUCUUUGGAUACACGAUUUGGGUAUCCAGUAGCCGACGCAUUAUGGAAGGCGUUGUCAAGACAUCAAUCGUAUUUACCACGACCACUCUUCUAUGUGAGCGAAAAGAUUGAUGUGGUAAAAAAUCUUCUUCUGUCAAUACCUUUGCAAGAGCACUCCAUUUAUAAGGAAGCGCUCAACAAUAUGAUCCAUCAGGCACAAAGUAUAGGACUCACUGAUUUGUGGACCCGUCAGAUCUAUGAUGACAUGUUGGUGGCGAAAAUAAUUAAUAGAACUAUAGUGAAGCCCGCUGGAUAUGAACCAUUGGACUUGGAACAUUUCCACUGGUUGUGGUGGAUGUAUGGCUUUGGCGUGAGCUUAUCCGUUUUGGGUAUCAUUUGGAGUACCGUUUAUAGCGCGCAACUCAAUGGUUUCUUUAGUCGUCCGACAUCCGGUGAACAAAUCAACACUUACGACGAUCUCAAGAUGCGUGGCAUACAAAUUGCUAUACCUCUGGAGGAAUUUGAGUUGCUGGAAAAGUUCAUGUCCAAGUCCUUCAUGCGUACCUACAGAGACAUUUUCUUCAUCAUACCCGAGUUGCGUGAUUUCUAUACGCUUCAGGAGGUGCAGUUUCAUCGGCAGACUCUAUUGGCGGUGCCCUUGGCCGAAAAUAGCGUUUAUCGCGCAUCAUUCAAUGCCUAUUUGUUGGAUAUGCAGGCGUAUGGUUUCUGGAAUCAUUGGGCAGCGAUGAGCCUAUUCGAAAUGGUCGAGGCGAGGAAGCUCAGCCUGGAAGAUUUUGUAGAACCACUCGGUUAUAAGGCGCUACAACUGCGCGAUCUGUAUUACAUUUGA